AUGGAUGAAACGGAAUGGACGCGUGGAGAAGAAGCUUUCGGUGCUAUUGCCUCUGCAGCAAAUAUCUAUCUUGCAGAAGUGCAGCGAGUUGGUUUUGAUGGAUCAGAUGCGUAUGAGGAGUGGGAGGGUUGGGAUCUCGUUCUCAAGGAUUGUGUUCAGCUCCACUAUCAAGAAGUCUCCGAACGAAACGAGUUGAAGCCAGCGUGGACAGAUCAGGCCGGAGGAUUCUCUCCUCUUUUCAAGGCGAUGGUUCUCAAGUCGAUGAUGCCAUUCCUGAAGUCUGAGCUCAUAGCGGCAUUUGGCGGAGAGGAUGAGGGAUUCAAGUUGGAUGUGCAGCCAUGUGCGGUUACCUUUGCGGGCGUGAUAUCUUGA